AGGAAAAGAAAAGAAAAACAAAAAUAAAAAAUCUGCUGGGAAAGUGUCACACACUUCGCGUGUUGGUGUCGUUUCUACUUUUUCUCUCACUACUCUCUAUCUUUCCGUCAUUAACCGGAACCCUAAUUCGAUCUGCCGGAACUCGCACUCACCGUAAAUGAUUGUACGAUUGAGGAAUAGGUGAGAUCAGAGGGGCUGGAUUUCCUCGCCGAAUGGAGGGAGGUAGCGUCUUUAGAUUUUCUUUUUCUGGGAUACAUCCAUGGAUUAUGAUGACAAUGAUUUUCAAAGCCAGAAUCUCCAUAUACCUGGUGAAGGGAGCACAAAAUUUCCUCCUGUUUUAAGGCCUUAUGCUCUCCCUAAGUUUGAUCUGGACGAAAGCCUUCAAGGGCAUUUAAGAUUUGAUAGUUUGGUUGAAACUGAAGUUUUCCUUGGUAUUGAAAGUAACGAAGAUAAUCAGUGGAUUGAAGCAUACUCCCGUGGGAGUAGUGGAAUAGAGUUUGGUUCAACUGCUGCUGAAACUUGCUCUAUUUCAAGGCACAAUAAUGUUUGGUCUGAGGCCACUUCCUCAGAAUCUGUUGAAAUGCUAUUAAAAUCUGUUGGACAGGAGGAAUUUAUCCCAAGAGAAACUGAUAUACAGGAGUCUGAUGCCUUUGAUGAACUGGCAUGCUUAGCUAAGCAAAUGGAGCCUGAUCCAAAACCUGAUGAUAGAAAUGAAUAUAAAGAUAACGCUACUGAUUUAAAGACACCAGGUUUUAUCCAUGAAAACUUGGCUGGUUCAAAAGAAGAAGAAAGAGACCAGUCUCUGGCUGUAGUUUCCCAAGGUGAACUGUCCAUUGAUGGGAGUUUAAGUAAUCUGCCACCACAUGAUUUAUUGGGAAAUGAUGACUUGCCUGUGGCUAGGGGAAUUCCCAUUACCGAUGACAACAGUGAUGAUGCAAAUGAACAAAAAGUUGAGAUUGUGGCUGAUGGUUCUCUUGAAGAAAAAACACCAGAGGACUCGGCUGUGUCUGGGCCGAAGAAUAAUAGUAUUACUGUAACUUCCAUACAAAAUAUCUCUUCUACUUGUGAAGUAUUAGAGAUUCAAAAUGUGCAGAAUCAUGUAGUUCACAUGGGUCAUGAGGAGCAAAGUUCUAUACAGAUGCAAUCUAAGGAACACGAUUUGGAUUCUUUGGCGAUUAACAUAGAUUCUGAUGUUGAAAUUCGAACUUCAAAUUUAAAGGCAGUUGGGGCAGAAGAACUUCUUUCUGAUAAACCUCUUUGUUCAAUUCCUAUGGAAGAAGCAUUGAAAAGUGGCAAUGUAGUUGAAGGCCUGGAGACUUCUGGAAGUAGUUUAGGGGGCUCCUUGGGCAUGGUAUCUGAUGACAUUUCUGGCUUGCAGAACACAGGAAGAUCCAAUGAAGAUGCAUGUUUCAGAGAUUUGUCUUCAGCCAAUGCAAAUGAAGAUACAAUUGUGGAUAAUCUAUCUGCUGUAAAUACAUGUGAUUCACCAAUCGUUGCAAUUAAAGACGAUUCCAGUUCUGAGGGGCAAAUAAUUGGGGUCGGCAAAUCUGACCAUGGUACUUGUCCUAAUUUUCAGAAGAAUACUGUUGAGACUACAUAUAGCGAAAACAGUGAUGCUAAGGAAAAUGAGUUAGCAAACAAUGGUAACCAGAUGGAUAUGGAGCUUUCAUUCAGUAAGUCAGAGGCAUCUAUUUUUUCUGUUGGGAAUGAUAAAACUUCUACUAUUAAUAAAAGGAAUGAUGAUAUCAAAGCAGGUGGUUUCGCAAGUUUAAGUUCAGUGAAUUCUACAACAUCAUGUAUUUUGGGUGAGGAAGCACAGGUAUGUGAAAAUGAUGAGCCUGACAAGCAGGGUGACCAAGGAAGCUUUUUUCAAGAUAUUUCUGCCAUUGACCUAGUGAAUAAAAAGGCCACUACUGAUUCCAGCGUAAUGCAUUGCAAUGUUGACCAACCACAUCAUGUUGAUUGUGGAGUUAGUUCAUCAUCUCUUAGUACAGAUAACUUGGAAACUAACUUGACUACUGCCAGAGUAUCAGAUGAUGUUGAGCCUGUCAAUAAUUCAGAUGUUACACUACCUAACAGAGUUGUAUCCACACAUGGAGUUACAGACCACUUUGAAGUUGAAGGAGUGAUGCUUGUUGGGUCUGCUUCUAUUGAUGAAAAGGACAACACAGAAGCUACCGUAGCCAAUGAAGCAAGUGCUGAAACUACCUUAGCUAAUGAAACAAGCGCUGAAGCUACAGAAACCAAUGAAGCAAGCGCUGAAGCUAAAAUAUGCAUUGAAUUAAGCUCUGAAGGUAAAAGAGCCAAUGAAUCUAGCUCUGAAGCUAAAAUAGUUAGUGACGUAAGCUCUGAAGCUAAAGUAGCAUAUGAAGCAAGUUCAACACUUCCUGUUGGGUCUUCUGAACAGGAAACUGCUCCUUGUCCUGAUACUGGAACUAAAAAGUUACAUUUUUUUGAUACAUCAAGACAGCCGUUGUGCGAGACAAUAAGCAGUUGUGUGACAACUGCUUCUGGAAAGAUGGAUAAACCUCAAGAGACACCAGGUGAUAAGGCUGAUCAGGAAUGUGCAAAAGAGGCUGGUGAGGCUCUAGUUCUCCAUGAAUCAAUAGAGAUGGGGGGUGAUGAAGUUUCCAUUUCUUUUACCAAGGAUGACAAGGAGGCAAUACCAGAGUUCCAUGACAAGUCAUCCUCAAAAGUAUCAGGUAAAGAUUUAUCGGCAAAUAUAAGUUCCAAAUCUUCUUUGGCUGAUUCUUGCACCAAGUUGCAUGAAACGGGAAGCAGUCCUGCCAACCAUACUGAUAAUGCUCGUGGUACCUCUGUUAAUUUUCAAAGCCAACCUGAAACUGAAAAAGAUGUGAAUCAAGUUAAGCCUUCCGGUCAUCUAAACCCUUCAAUUUCUGAAAGCAUAAAGAAGGAUGCAUUGAACAUGUCAACGGAUCAUGAUCCUAAGGGGAAUGGUGCAUCUAAAGACGAGAGAAGCUUAGCUCCUGUGGCAAAUUUGCCCAAAAAAAGUGUUUCAGGAAAGACCACCAAAGGAACAAAUUCUGGCAAAAGGCAACGAGCUGCUGCCAACCAAGCUUCAAUGGUUGGAGAGGAAUCUCCGCUUGCUUCUGUAGUAGGUGCUCCCAAAACCAAAGUUGCUGGAAAUAUCUCCCUUGGGACUCCACAAAUAUCUGAUGGUGUCAUGGCACUCACUGUGUCUCAAGGAACACCUGAACACAAACCUAGGCGUUCCUCUAAUAAGACAGCUGGAAAGGAAACUUCUAGGAAAGCAAAUAAAGGAAAAAGUCCAGGAAAACAUUCAGAAAGAGGGGAUAGAUCAACUAGCUUGUCUUUGAGCCCGUCCCCUGGUUACCAGGUGAUGCAAUUGAAUGAGAUGCAGCAGUACGGGCAUGUUGAUUCUGUCAGUACAAAGCAAUUUGCUAUUUUAAAUGCUUCCACUUCUAGCCUUCCAGAUUUGAACUCUUCUGCUUCUCCACCUGUUCUGUUUCAACAGCCUUUCAUGGAUAUUCAGCAAAUACAAUUGCGUGCACAGAUCUUUGUCUAUGGAGCGUUGAUUCAAGGCAUGGUACCUGAUGAGGCCUAUAUGAUAUCAGCUUUUGGGGGCCCAGAUGGUGGAAGGAGUAUUUGGCAGAAUGCCUGGUCUUCCUGCAUGGAGAGGCAGCAUGGUAAAAAAUCUCAUCCCAUGAACCCGGAAAUGCCUUUGCAAUCAAGAUCCGGUGCAAGAACCACUGAUGUAGCAGUUAAGCAAAAUGCACUUCAAGGUAUCUCUUCACCUCUUGGUGUAGCUGGCAACAAGGCUACUCCGACAAUUGCCAACCCAUUAAUACCCAUUUCAUCACCCCUUUGGAGUUUACAAACUCCUUCCUGUGAUUCCCUUCAAAAUGCCCUUGCAAGAGGUUCUAUUGUGGAUUAUUCACAGGCACUUACUUCUUCGCAUUACCAAACCCCUCCUUUCAGAAACUUUCUGGGACACAACACAUCUUGGUUAUCCCAAACCCCUCUUCGUGGAUCAUGGACUCCAAUUCCUGCCUCUGAUAGCAACACUUCCCAUAUUUCUGCGUUACCUCUCACUGAUACAAUUCAGUUCAAUUCUGUCAAAGGAUCGUCGGUUCCUCCAAGUAUUAAAAAUGCUCCUCUUGGUCUGCCACCUUCUAGUGCAGGUGGGCAAAGUGUCUUUUUGGCAACUACCCCUCUGCAUGAUACAAACAAUGUGAUGGUAUUGAAUGCUCAGCAUUCUUCAGAUCCAAAACCCAAAAAAAGAAAAAAAAGUAUGGUGUCUGAGGAUCUUGGGCUGAAAGCCAUGCAUUUGCAGUCUCAACUAGUAGCAACUCCUGUUGUAAGCAGCCAUAUAUCUACUUCUGUUGCCACUGCAACCCCUGUUGGGAGUGUGCCCAUAACUACUGUUGAAAAAUCAGUUGUGUCUGUAACUCCUCUAUCUCUUGCUGAACACCUCACAAGUGACUGGAAUGUUAAGAUGAGGAUUUUGUCAGAUGAGUCUCUUACAAAAAUUAAGGAGGCUAGAGAGAAUGCUGAGGAAGCUUCUGCUCUUUCUGUGGCUGCUGUGAAUCAUAGCCUGGAGAUAUGGAAACAGUUGGAUAAACACAAAAAUUCUGGACUGGUGUCAGAUAUUGAGGCCAAAUUAGCAUCUGCUGCAGUAGCAGUUGCCGCUGCUGCUGCUGUUGCAAAGGCAGCUGCUGCUGCUGCCAAUGUUGCAUCAAAUGCUGCAUUGCAUGCAAAAUUAAUGGCUGAUGAAGCAUUAGUUUCAUCUGGUUAUGAGAGUUCUUGCCAAAUUUCUUGUUCAGAGGGUAUGAAUAACUUAGGAAAAGCAACCCCUGCGUCCAUCUUGAAGGGUACUAUUGGAACCAAUAGCUCUAGUUCUAUCAUCGGAGCUGCAAAGGAGGCUGCAAGGAAGAGAGUGGAAGCUGCUUCAGCUGCUAGAAAACGAGCUGAAAAUAUGGAUGCUAUUGUGAAGGCUGCUGAGCUGGCAGCAGAAGCUGUAUCCCAGGCUGGAAAGAUUGUAACUAUGGGUGAUCCUUUGGCAUUAAAUGACUUAGUAGAAGCUGGUCCAGAGGGUUGUUGGAAUGCAGCCCGAGAAUCAAGUCAGCAAGUUGGCUUGUUAAAAGACAUGACCCGUGGUCUGGUUAGCGCUGACAAUAUUGGAGACAGACCUGGAGCUUCCCAGAUACGUAAUAGAGAUAUUUCAUCUGAUGAAAAGGGGAAGACUGCUGCAAGAGAGAAGUCACCUUUUCAUACAGUGCAGAGUGAGAUAUCUCAGAACUAUAUGAAAGGCAUUGAUGGCAUUUCUUCUAUUAAUGUCAAUGAAAACAGUUCAAAAGGACCAAACCUAGUCAAUCCCAUUGACGAGCUUCCUGAAUCUGAGAUUGAAAUGCAGGCUGCUUCCACAGCUGGCAAUAGACCUGAAGAUGUGGAGGAAGAUAGCAUAAAGGAGGGCUCACCUGUAGAGGUUUUCAAAGAUGGAGAAGGAUUUAAGGCAGCAUGGUACAAAGCCAAAGUAUUAAGUGUGAAGGAUGGUAAAGCUUAUGUAAGCUACGAUUUGCCUGUUGAUGAUGAAGGUGCAGGGCCUUUGAAGGAAUGGAUUUCACUUGAAGGUGAAGAAGACAAACCUCCCAGAAUACGCAUUGCUAGUAAUAUACCUGGUUUGCGUAACGAAGGGACAAGGAAGAGACAGAGGGCAGCUAUGGUAGAUCAUAAUUGGUCUGUUGGGGAUAGGGUUGAUGCAUGGGUAGAAGACAGCUGGCAGGAGGGUGUUAUCACAGAUCAGAACAAGAACGAUAAAACAAUAACUGUUCACUUCCCAGUUAGUGGAAAAACAUCACUUUUCAGAGCUUGGCAUCUACGUCAAUCUUUUAUUUGGAAGGAUGGGAAAUGGAUUGAGGCUCCCAUGGCUGGUGCAAAUGAGAGUUCUACGCAUGAGGGUGAUACACCUCAUGAAAAACGACUCAAGUUAGGUAGUCCUUCAGUAGAGGUAAAGGGUAAGGGCAGGAUUCUGAAAGGAACUACUGCCGUAGAGUCAGCAAAUCCUGGCGAGUUGAGGUUACUGGACUUGACUGAAAAUGAUAAAGUGUUCAAUAUUGGGAAGAACAGCAAGAAUGAAAAUAAAUCUGAUGCACACAGAAUGGUAAAGACUGGUCUUCCAAAAGAAGGAUCAAGAGGGAUUUUUGGUGUUCCUAAACCUGGGAAGAAAAGGAAAUUUAUGGAAGUAAGCAAGCAUUACGUUGCUGAUGGGACAAGUAAGAUCAACGAUGGAAAUGAUUCGGUUAAGCUUUCAAACUUCCUGGUACCACAAGGUACCGGUGGAUCACGUGGCUUGAAAAACACCUCAAAAAAUGAUACCAAGGAAAAACUCGGAGCUGGCUCCAGGCCUGCUUUUAAGUUUGGAAAACAGCAGAGUGUUUCAGGGAGAGUGAUCCCACCGAAAGAAAACACUUUAUCAAGUCGUGCAGAAAGGAUCAAGGAUUCUUCAAGUCAUUUUAAGAAUGUAUCUCAGAGUGAAAAUCAGGUGGAAAGAGGGAACGUUGGAGCUGGGGUUGGACCAAUCUUGUAUUCGUCCCUUGAGUCUUUAACUGAUUCUCAUUCCACUAAAAAGACAUUAACAUCAAGGGCAAGUAAAGGAAAACUUGCACCUGCUGCUGGUGGAAGGUUGGCUAAGAUUGAUGAGGAAAAAGCCUUCAAUGGAAAUCCUGUGAAGUCAACAUCUGAUAUCGCUGAGCCUCGUAGAUCCAAUCGCAGGAUACAGCCAACUUCUAGACUAUUAGAAGGAUUGCAGAGCUCUUUGAUUAUCUCAAAGAUUCCUGCUGCUUCACAUGAAAAGGGUCACAAAAACCAGAAUCGGAAUAUUUCUAGGGGGUAACCAAAGUUAAACGAGAAGUUGCUAUAUGCGGUUUAGUUGGAAGAACAAUACACUCGGCAUAGAUGUGUAUAUUUAUUUAUAAUAGGGAACAUAGGAAUGGAAAUUCUUGUUUCCUUUGUUUUAGGCAGACUAGUCCAGUAGAUGUUAAUAUCGAUUUUAUGUUGUUUACAGAAUGGUUGAAUUUGAUCCUGUAGGCUGUAUAUGGAAUUUAUCCAUGUUGACUUGUUUAUAGAAAGGUUUGUUGAUAUGAUCAAAUGGUAAAGUCAUGUUCCUCUUCUCCUUUGAA